CGGCUCGGCGCGUCCCCCGCGGCGCCCAGUCCAGCGCCCGCCGCCCGCCUUCCCGGACCCUGCCGUCCGGCUCCCCCGGGCCAGGACCCCGCGUCGCGAACCCGCGAUGGCCAAGCGCAGCUCGCUGUCCAUCCGCAUCGUGGAGGGAAAGAACCUGCCCGCCAAGGACAUCACUGGCAGCAGCGACCCCUACUGCAUCGUGAAGGUGGACAAUGAGCCCAUCAUCAGGACAGCCACCGUGUGGAAGACCCUGUGCCCCUUCUGGGGUGAGGAGUAUCAGGUGCACUUGCCACCCACCUUCCACGCUGUGGCCUUCUACGUCAUGGACGAGGACGCCCUCAGCCGGGACGACGUCAUCGGGAAGGUCUGCCUUACACGGGACACGCUGGCCUCUCACCCUAAGGGUUUCAGCGGGUGGGCCCACCUGACGGAGGUUGACCCCGAUGAGGAGGUGCAGGGCGAGAUCCACCUGCGGCUGGAGGUGGUGCCAGGGCCCCGGGCUCGCCGGCUGCGCUGCUCCGUACUGGAGGCCAGGGACCUAGCCCCCAAGGAUCGGAAUGGCGCAUCUGACCCCUUCGUCCGAGUACGCUACAACGGCCGGACGCAGGAGACCUCGAUUGUGAAGAAAUCAUGCUACCCACGCUGGAACGAGACCUUUGAGUUUGAGCUGGAGGAGAGAGCAGCGGAGGUGCUGUGUGUGGAGGCCUGGGACUGGGACCUCGUCAGCCGAAACGACUUCCUGGGCAAAGUGGUGUUCAAUGUCCAGAGAAUUCGGGUGGCCCAGCAGGAGGAGGGCUGGUUCCGGCUGCAGCCUGACCAGUCCAAGAGCCUCCGGGACAAGGGCAACCUGGGCUCCUUGCAGCUGGAGGUGCGGCUGCGGGACGAGACGGUGCUGCCCUCUGGCUGCUACCAGCCCCUGGUGCAGCUGCUGUGCCACGAGGUGAAGCUGGGCGCCCAGGGCCCAGGGCAGCUGAUCCCACUCAUCGAGGAGACGACCAGCACUGAGUGCCGCCAGGAUGUGGCCACCAACCUGCUCAAGCUCUUCCUGGGGCAGGGGCUGGCCAAGGACUUUCUGGACCUGCUGUUCCAGCUGGAGCUGCGGCGCACCAGUGAAGCCAACACCUUGUUCCGGAGCAAUUCUCUGGCCUCAAAGUCCAUGGAGUCUUUUCUGAAGGUGGCUGGGAUGCGGUACCUGCACGGCAUCGUGGGCCCCAUCAUCGACAAGGUGUUUGAGGAGAAGAAGUACGUGGAGCUGGACCCCAGCAAAGUGGAAGUUAAGGAUGUAGGGUGCUCGGGGCUGCACCGCCCGCAGACCGAGGCCGAGGUGCUGGAGCAGAGCGCGCAGACGCUGCGCGCCCACCUGGGGGCGCUGCUGAGCGCACUCAGUCGCUCGGUGCGCGCCUGUCCCGCCGUGGUGCGCGCUACCUUCCGCCAGCUCUUCCGGCGCGUGCGCGAGCGCUUCCCGGGCGCCCAGCACGAGAACGUGCCAUUCAUUGCCGUCACCAGCUUCCUGUGCCUGCGCUUCUUUUCUCCCGCCAUCAUGUCGCCCAAGCUCUUCCACCUGCGGGAGCGCCACGCGGACGCCCGCACCAGCCGCACCCUGCUCCUGCUGGCCAAGGCGGUCCAGAACGUGGGCAACAUGGACACGCCAGCUUCCAGGGCCAAGGAGGCUUGGAUGGAGCCGCUGCAGCCCACCGUACGCCAAGGCGUGGCGCAGCUGAAGGACUUCAUCGCCAAGCUCGUGGACAUCGAGGAGAAGGACGAGCUGGACCUGCAGCGGACGCUGAGCUUGCAGGCGCCACCCGUGAAGGAGGGGCCGCUCUUCAUCCACAGGACCAAGGGCAAGGGCCCCCUCACGUCGUCAUCCUUCAAGAAGCUCCACUUCUCCCUCACCACCGAGGCCCUCAGCUUCGCCAAGACGCCCAGCUCCAAGAAAAGUGCCUUCAUCAGGCUGGCGAACAUCCGGGCGGCAGAGAAGGUGGAAGAGAAGAGCUUCGGCAGCUCGCACGUCAUGCAGGUCAUCUACACGGACGACGCGGGCAGGCCGCAGACCGCCUACCUGCAGUGCAAGUGUGUGAAUGAGCUGAACCAGUGGCUGUCUGCGCUGCGGAAAGUGAGCAUCAACAACUCUGGCCUGCUGGGCUCCUACCACCCCGGCAUCUUCCGUGGGGACAAGUGGAGUUGCUGCCACCAGAAAGACAGGACAGAUCGGGGCUGUGAUAAGACCCGGUCUCGGGUGACCCUGCAGGAGUGGAACGAUCCUCUUGACCAUGACCUUGAGGCCCAGCUCAUCUACCGACACCUGCUGGGUGUGGAGCCCGCCCUGCGGGAGAAGCUCCAGGAACCAGGCAGGAGCACAGAGGCAGGCGUUGCACCCACGGGCCCUGGCCAAGCUCCCGAGGACCCGCUGGCCCAGCUGCUCCGGGUGCUGCAGGACCUCCGGGAGGCCCACAGCUCCAGCCUGGCCGGCCUCCCACCCUCGGAGCCCACCCGCCUCCUGGAGCUGCAGACGUGAGGCCCACCCUGCAUUCCCACGCCGAGCCCCCUGCCAGGCGCUUGGAGACCCCCGAGGAGCCCUGUGGAUCCUCCCCCCAGGCCCCUCGCUGGGCAGGGCGAGUGGGGGGAGCCAAGUCCACAGCUGACAAGCUUGGGCCCGUCGUGGCUGACCUGACGUCUCGGGACUGCGGAGGCUCCCGCUCCUCUGUGAGGCCUGGCCGCUGCCUGUGUCCCCUACAGCCAUCGCUGCCACUGGCCUGGACUCUCCAGGGACCCUCCUCUCCCGCCUAGGAUAGACCCAGCCAGAAACCAGCCCUCGGAAGGUCCAUGCCCGGGUGGGCAGGGAGGUGGGAGCACGGGCCCCAGGGGGCCAGGCCAAGACCUCAGCACCCCUCACUCCUGGCCACCACCCCACUCGCUCCCCUCUCCCUCCCGCUCACCUGCCACCGACAGUAAACCUGCUGAGACUGCUGAGGCUCCGGGGUCUUGUGAGGGGGUCUGGGGGGACAGUGGCCCUGGGGUAACCUCAGAGGCUGCCGGUGGGUGUGGCCGAGGAUGGGUCCAACAGCGUGGCCUCUGGGCACCUCUGUCCCCCUUCUCUGGUUCCCACAUCUGGGGCGGGGGCUCCUUUUCUCCCCCCCCCCAUGCCCCUGGGUCCCGCCCCUCCCUCCCCACAGGCCACAGAGCCCCGUGUGUCCUGCCAGCCGUUCUCUCCUCAGGGCAGCCCCCUCCAGGCUGUCCCUGAAGAUGGCACAGCAGGGGCGGGGCUGGGAACCUUGAAUCUUGAGUGGUGGCCUGGCCCUGGCAGCGAGCAUCCUUCCCUCUGGGCUGGGAGUGUUGGCCACGUGGGGGGUCCUGGCUUCCCCCAGUGGCGUCUUGCCAGGCUGAGCUCCCAGCAGCAUCCACAGUGACCUGGCUCAGGGUGGGGAGAAGGCCGUGGACCUCCCCCCGCAUCCACUGCUUCCCCGUAAGGCCCUCCCCUGCCUUGGUCAUGCAGUCACCUCCCCCACCCUCUGACCCAGACCCCAAAGGUCCCCCGUUGCCCCAUUCCUGGCCCCGAGAGGUUUGUCCGAUGCCCCCAUCAACAGAGGCCCCACUGGUCUGACUGUUGGCAAAGCUUGACUCUGGGCCAGUCCCCGCUCUUGGGGGACAGGGCGUGCUGGGGGCUAGUCUGCCUUUCCUGGUCAGUCCCCUCUGAGGCCCCCCAGCUGCCCACCAAGCCCUGCCCCCUGCCCAAGGGGAGCCUCCACUGCCUCUGUGGGGCAGGGGUGACGGGCCACUGGCUCACACCGCUGAAGUGGCCCUGGGGUGGCUGGAGCAGCAGGGGACGGGGGCAGGGCUUCCAUCCCUCCUUACCCCGCCCCGUGGUGCCCCUCCUGUGGCCGACCUGCUGCCCACAUACAGGGUGAGCAGCCUUUGUGCCUGUGAGGGCACGGAAGCCCCUGAGGCCUCCAGCCCCAGCCUCCUGCUGCCCCCACCUCCCAAAGCCUCUCUCCCUGCCCCGCCAGCGCCCCCUGGCUUCAGCCUCACUCCUGACCACAGCGGCUAAUAGACAAAGCGGACCUCCAGGUGGGCCCUGUUCUAGCGUUUUGCUUCUGUGAAUUCAUUAAUUCCUCACCUAUUA